CGCCACAACAGCCGCCAUAUCAGCGCGACAACAUUGCUCCGCUGACGGCUUCUUUGCCGCUAGUUCAGAUUCGAACGCCAGUCGCUGCAGAGGGGAAGAGACACACUAAUAGUAUGCAGCGCAUAAGCCUCCAACUGCCAAGAAAGCUCGCGCCAGUCCUUAGCAGAGACUUGAACACCAAAACGGUUAAGUUUUUCCAGCGCCAGCAGCCGGUCCGAGCAGCUUUAACGAAGAAGUUACCGACAGCGCCGCUAACGCCAUCGCCAGCGCUGCCAUUCGCGAUCAGACGAUAUUCGGAAGGCAGGAACAACACAACUUUGAGCUUGAAAAUGGAGGAUCAAAAAUUGCUGCAGGCAACGCUGGAGGAUAGCGAUCCGGAGCUGGCGAAUCUCAUCAAGAAGGAGAAGGAGCGACAGCGCGAGGGACUCGAGAUGAUUGCCAGCGAGAAUUUCACCUCGGUGGCCGUACUGGAGAGUCUUGGCUCCUGCCUGACCAACAAGUACUCGGAGGGCUAUCCCGGCAAGCGAUACUAUGGCGGCAACGAGUUCAUUGACUGCAUCGAACUGCUGGCCCAGAAGCGCGGCCGUGAGCUCUUCAAUCUGGCCGACGAUCAGUGGGGCGUGAAUGUUCAGCCGUAUUCGGGCUCGCCCGCCAAUCUCGCCGCCUAUGUGGGCGUCUGUCGUCCGCACGAUCGCAUCAUGGGCCUGGACCUGCCCGAUGGCGGCCAUCUAACGCACGGCUUCUUCACGGCCACCAAACGCAUCUCGGCCACCUCGAUCUUCUUCGAGAGCAUGCCGUACAAGGUGAACCCCGCGACGGGCAUCAUCGACUAUGACAAGCUGGCCGAGGCGGCCAAGGCCUUCAAGCCACAGAUUAUCAUCGCUGGCAUCUCGUGCUACUCCCGCCUGCUCGACUACGCCCGUUUCCGUCAGAUCUGCGACGAUGUGGGCGCCUAUCUAAUGGCCGAUAUGGCCCAUGUGGCCGGUCUGGUGGCCGCCGGGCAUAUACCAUCGCCGUUCGUGUACGCCGACAUUGUGACCACAACCACGCACAAGACGCUGCGCGGCCCACGCGCCGGCGUCAUCUUCUUCCGCAAGGGUGUGCGCAGCAUAAAGCCCAACGGGGAAAAGGUGCUGUACGAUCUGGAGGAGCGCAUCAAUCAGGCCGUGUUCCCAUCGCUGCAGGGCGGACCACACAACAAUGCCGUGGCUGGCAUUGCCACCGCCUUCAAGCAGGCCAAGUCUGCCGAAUUCAAGAGCUACCAAUCACAGGUGCUGAAGAACGCCAAGGUGCUGUGCGAGGGCCUAAUGGCCAAGGGCUAUCAGGUGGCCACCGGCGGCACUGAUGUGCAUCUCGUUCUGGUGGAUGUCCGCAAGAACGGCCUCACCGGCGCCAAGGCGGAGCUAAUUCUCGAAGAGGUUGGCAUUGCCUGCAACAAGAACACCGUGCCCGGGGACAAGUCCGCCCUGAAUCCGUCCGGCAUCCGUUUGGGCACACCGGCACUGACCACGCGCGGCCUUGUGGCGAAGGACAUGGAUCAGGUGGUGGACUUCAUAGAUGCGGCUCUCAAGGUUGGCGCCGAGGCCGUCCAGGCUGCGGGCAGCCCCAAGAUGGUUGACUAUCACAAGGUCCUCGCUGAGGAUGCAACGAUCAAGGCCAAGAUCGAGCAGAUCCACAAGGCUGUGAUCGCGUUCAGCAAGCAGUUCCCACUGCCCGGCCUCAAGACUUUGUAAAACGCAAAAGCAUUUGUAUAUUUUUUUGUUCGCAUUGUUUCACCAAACGUAAUGCAAAAUUGUAAUCCUUUGCAAUAAUUCCCGAUCGUCAAAUACAAAUGGAAAUAGUAGUUAAGUUAUUAAACACACAGAAACAUCAAUUGAA